GUCACGGGAAGUCAGUGUGAUCCCGGAAGUAAAGAUGGCGACUACCUACGAGAGAUUUAACCUGCACAUGACCCCUGAGAAGUUUUACAUCGAGGCCUGUGAUGAUGGCGCUAAUGACGUCCUGGUCAUCGACAGGGCGUCCAUGGAGAUGACGCUCACAGGUGUUAUGAACAUCCCACCAUCAGGAGUCACCAGACCCAUCUGCGGCAUCAUGGGAACUAUUCGCCUUGUGGCUGGGAUGUACCUCGUCGUCAUCACCAGGAAGAAGAAAGUAGGCGACCUGUUUGGUCACACGGUGUGGAAAGCCAUGGAAUUCGACCUCGUACCCUACAGAAAGACUGUUUUACACCUCACAGAAAACCAGAUGCAGGACAACAAGACGUUCCUGUCCAUGAUCAACAACGUCCUGAACACAGAUGGCUUCUAUUUCUGCACCAACUACGACUUGACGCACACGCAGCAGCGGCUCGCCAACACCAGCCCCGACUUCCAGGAGAUGAGCCUGCUCGAGAGGGCUGAUCAGAGGUUCGUGUGGAAUGGAAACCUGUUGAGGGACUUCACCGCACAGCCCGAGCUCCACAAAUUCACCUUUCCUGUCGUUCAUGGCUUUAUUGUGAUGAAGCCUUGCUGUAUUAAUGGCAAGAUAUUCGAAUGGAUCCUCAUCUCCAGGAGGAGCUGCUUCCGAGCCGGUGUGCGCUACUACGUCCGAGGGAUCGACUCCGAAGGACACGCUGCUAACUUUGUCGAGACGGAGCAGAUCGUGCAGUAUAAUAACAGCAGAGCCUCCUUUGUACAGACUCGAGGCUCCAUGCCUUUCUUCUGGUCCCAAAGACCCAACCUGAAGUACAAGCCCAAGCCGCAGAUCAGCAGCACCACCAAUCACCUCGAUGGAUUCCAGAGGCAUUUUGACUCCCAGGUCCUCAUUUACGGGAAGCAAGUGAUUCUGAAUUUGGUCAAUCAGAAGGGUUCAGAGUUACCUCUGGAGCAGGCGUUCGCCAAACUGGCAAACAACAUGGAUAACGGGAUCAUCAAAUACAUCGCCUUUGAUUUCCAUAAGGAGUGCAGUAAAAUGAGAUGGCAUCGCCUGCAGAUCUUGGUGGACGCUGUUGCUGAGAUGCAGGAUGAAUUUGGGUACUUCCUGCUGAACUCUGACGGGAAGGUGUUGGGGGAACAGAGCGGAACGUUCCGCAGUAACUGCAUGGACUGCCUGGAUCGUACUAAUGUGGUUCAGAGCCUUCUGGCCAGGCGUUCUCUGCAGAGCCAGCUUCAGAGGAUUGGAGUCCUUCAUGCCGGCCAGAAGAUUGAAGAGCAAGCUGACUUUGAGAAGAUCUACAAGAACGCCUGGGCUGAUAAUGCUAACGCAUGUGCUAAACAGUAUGCAGGUACCGGAGCGCUAAAGACUGACUUCACCAGGACUGGGAAAAGGACUCACUGGGGUUUGCUCAUGGACGGCUGGAAUUCUGCGAUUCGUUAUUACAAAAACAACUUCUCAGACGGUUUCAGACAAGACUCCAUUGACCUCUUCCUUGGCAACUAUUCCGUGGAUGAAUCGGAGAGCCUGACACCACUUCAAGUGCAGAAAGGCUGGAAAUUCCUCACGUUGCCCGCUAUCAUGCUGGUGGCCUUCUCCAUGUGCAUCCUGUGCCUGCUUAUGGCUGGUGACACAUGGACAGAGACGCUGGCGUACAUGGUGUUCUGGGGCACAGCCAGCGCCGUCACCGCUACCAUCAUCCUCUUUAAUGGGAAGGAGUUUGUCGACGCACCCAAGCUGGUCCAGAAAGAGAAGAUGGAUUGAACCUAGACCUGCACUCCUCCUUUUCUUUCUCUCCUUAUCUUUCUGGACCCUGUCCUGUAUGUGCAGUCUGUCUCUCUUUUACUACCAGAAGUAACCUCCUAAACCACUUGGGAUAGGGUCCAAUGAUCGCUACACUUGAGGCUUCAGUCGCAGUGGCAUUAAAGGUCCAAAAAUACGAGUCCACUGAUUCAGUUAGGAAAAAAUGAAUAGCAAUUUGUCAGUGAAAUAUUUCACGUUUUGAUUUGGGUAUGGAGUCUUUGCGGUGUUAUUUAAAUGAAAUGUGUAGGGAUUUUGAAAAAUGAACCAAAUUGUACGUGAACAGGAUAUACCGUCAGUCUUUAAAACAUUUUCAGUAAUGUACAGGGUGUCCCAUAAUUCCAGCACCCCCCAAAAAAAAAAAAACACGCUCCUCAUGUUCUCAAUCCACAAAUCCGUACGAGUAGAAUUAUUGGAUUCGUGCUUAGAAGUAUCAUGGUCUGUAUCUGAAAUUUUACCCGAUGAUGGUGGACUCAUGGGAAUGGGACAGCCUGUAUACUGCAAAAUAAUUCCGAACGUCUCAACAAAGUCUGUAUUUUGUCCGUAAGACAGCAGUGGACUCCGACGUUACACAGCACAAGCUUUUGAGUGGACCAUUGGUAAUAUUUCACAGAUUUACAGAGUGGUGUUGUGACUAAAGUUCUUUUGGUUGGCAUUCUGCUGCCUAGCCGUGUUGUGUUAUGUUUCCAUCAUCACUUCCAUCUGGAUGCACUUUGCAAUCAAGGAUCGUUCUGUACACUCUCUGGAACAAAAGGUACCGAACUGGACUUUUUCUUCUCCUUGGAGUGAUUCGCUCAGUAGCCACUUUAUUUCGUUAGAACAUCUCUCCUCCUUGCUCAUUCAUUCAGUCGGCCCAAUUAUGUGGCGAACAGACCCAGUGCCGUUUUUUUCCAAACUUCGCCCGUCACGUUUUCAAUCAUUCCUGUUCUUUGCUGACAAAAGCGGACCCCCGAUGUGGUCUCUUGCUCUUGGAGCCCAUCCUCCUCAAGGUUCGGCGUGUUUUUGAGAUGCUUUUCUGCUCACCACGGUUGUAAAGAGUGGUUAUUCGAGUUACCAUAGCCUUCCUGUCUGGUUGUCAUUCUCUCCUGACCUUUCUCAUCCUAUCAACACACUUCCACCUGAAGAUCUGCUGCUCACUGGAUUCUCUGAAUAAGAGAUUCAGUCCAUCUGGCGCCAGCCGUGAAGAAGUCUUCUGAUGAUUAUUUAAAUAAUUGCAUGAAUGAGAAUGUAUAAAGGUGUUCCGAAUAAAGUAGCAGGCGAGUGUGUGUAAUGUGUGUGGGGGGUUUUUUUUUUUUUUUUUUAAUUAGCUUCUAGCGCAGUGGUCCUUCGUGCUCUAAAAGCUAGCAAAAAGAACAGGUUGGUACCUUUUUAUAGUAUAGCCAGUCCAUGUUUCCAUACACUCUCCAUAAAAGGGGUACUAAUGUGUACCUUACCUUGAUGCUGGGAUGGUCCCUUAAACUUUUGUAUGCUUUAUUGUGUACAAUAUAUAAGUUUGGCACGAAAAUGCAUGUUAAAGGUGCAAUAUGUGUACGCAUGGCAGUACCAGAGCAGCAUGGAAAGGUACGGUUUAGUACCGUUUUUUUUUUUUAGUGAAGGUGUACAGCUGGGUGAAUUAUCACUAUUUGAUGAUGAUGAUGCUCCAUAACACUCAUAGUUUACACAUCUUUCCUGUUUUACUACUUCCCUUUUUCUCGACUCACUUUAUUAACGUCUCAUUCAGUGCGGUUUAUAGUUUUGCCUUUUUGUGCACGGUAUAAGCUAUGAGGCUCUGCUUAAUAAAAAAAAAAAAACACACACACAAGGCAGAACUUUUAUGCAAACUUUAGUUGAGUUGAGGUGAGUGAGUGAGUUUUCUCAGCACUUUACUGACUAUUUCCGUUCACGGAUCACGACACUAAGAGAUUUAUAACGCGUGAGCACCUUCCCGACUAACGGCUGCAGUAUUAUUCUUCAGUCUAGCACUAGAGUCCUGAUGGUGACGUUUUACAUUUUGUUACAUGAUUCCGGUUCUUUUGUGCUUUAUUAUGCUUCCUAUUUAAUGAUGGAGAAUUUCUGUCUUGUCUUGAAUAUUCCCCCCCCCCUUUAAGGGCACUGAAAAUGAAUGAAUGUAUGCAUUUCUCUUAAGUCUGUCUAAUAUUUAGGAUGAUCAAAUUUGCCUUGGUGUAAUUAUAGAAUGAGUUUCAGAUUCACUGGUUACAUUUGCAAAGCGCGCACACCUUCAAUUUUAAAUUUGGUAAAUGUGUUUCAGCACAUCACUCGUUCUCUGCUAGAAAAGCUGACACACGUUUGAGCACAAAAUCAUCAGAAAUCCUGGUUUUGUUUGAUUUGUAAAUUGUACACUGGUAUAAAUUCAUUAGCUAUAAAUAGGACAUUGUAAUUAUGUACUGUACUGUUUGGUUUACAGUUAUAGGAUUAGCAUUGGAUUACAUAGAAUGGAUCACACACUGUUAUAACUGACUCUGUAGUUUUAUCCUGGACUCAGCUGCAGCUAGAGAUCAACAUUCCCACUGUAAUCAUUCUGAAUGUGGUAUAAUAUGGUCAUGGGAAUUUUUUUUUUCUUUCCUCGCUGGUCUAAAAAUGUAUUGAUUCAUUCCAAGAGGCCCCAUCAGCCUCGCUUAUCAACUUUUGUAAUAAAAUAUGAUUUACUCUGUGUGGA